AUGGACUACCUCGAUGAGCUUGACAACUCCGCCAUCGACGCCCUCGCCGAACUAGAAGGAGGCAUCGACUUCCAUCUCCCGUCGAUCACGCCCACCGCCACCUCACACAAUACAUCUCUAUCUUCAGCCCGCUCAGCGCACCGCCGUCGCCGCGUCGAGGCCACCUAUCUUCUCCGCCUGGAACAUCCUCUCUCAACGCCGCGGGAGGUUGCGGACGUCCUUCAACUUCAUCGCGUGCCCAAACUCGGAACCGGCAGCGGGGAAGACGGCGACGCGCACUUCUGCCGCCUCUCCCAAUCCAACAUGGACAGUCUAGACUCCUAG